AGGGUUUGCUGCAUUAUGGAGCCGCGCAAGCGUUCUAGACGCGAACAAAAUAGCCGGGGUGAUCGGCAGCAGCACAGCUUUAGUCCUCCACGACGAGUACAGGUAUCAACACCCACGCACCACCACAAAAGUCUAUUGUCACAUUCUCGCUCAAUUCCACGUUGCCCUCCAUUCGAUAACACCAAGAAAAUAUACAAAAUGAGUUUCUCUUCGGACGCCUCUUCGGCAUCGGCAGCAGUGGACGCGGCGGCGGCGGCACAGAAAAAAUUGAAUUUAGAAAAAGCGACCAACUUUAUGAAGCAAUACAGAGACCCGCACAGCCGUGAAUUGAAAAAAUUGUCGGCUAACCAGUUCAUGGACGUCUGGAGCCACUAUGACAAGGACGGUAAUGGAUACAUCGAAGGAACCGAGCUGGACGGCUUUCUGAGAGAAUUUGUCUCCAGCGCUAAUACCGCGGACGUCAGCCCAGAGGCGGUUUCGGAUGCCAUGUUGGUGGAGCUCAAGCAAUGUUUCAUGGAGGCCUACGACGAUAAUCAAGACGGGAAAAUUGACAUCCGUGAACUUGCUCAACUUUUGCCCAUGGAAGAGAACUUUCUACUUCUAUUCAGAUUCGAUAAUCCAUUAGACUCCAGUGUCGAGUUCAUGAAGAUUUGGAGAGAAUACGACACUGAUGGCAGUGGAUAUAUUGAAGCUGACGAGCUAAAGAACUUUUUAAGAGAUUUGCUGAAAGAAGCGAAAAAAAUCAAUGACGUGUCAGAGGACAAACUCAUCGAAUACACCGAUACAAUGUUGCAAGUAUUCGACUCAAAUAAGGAUGGGAAAUUGCAGCUUUCUGAGAUGGCCAAGUUGUUGCCCGUCAAGGAGAACUUUUUGUGCCGGCAAGUGUUCAAAGGAGCAACAAAAUUGACAAAGGAUGAUAUCGAAAGAGUAUUUUCAUUGUAUGAUCGAGAUAACAAUGGCACGAUUGAAAACGAGGAACUUCGCGGCUUUCUAAAGGAUCUGCUCGAGCUGGUUAAAAAGGAUUAUGAUGCUGACGACUUGCAAGACUUCGAGGAAACUAUACUGCGAGGGGUGGAUUACAACGACGACGGGAAAAUCAACAGGAAAGAGUUGACAAUGAUACUCCUUGCACUGGCGAAGCACAACCAGGAGGACGACUCUGCCGCUAAAAAGGAAUAACUGUUUUUAAACUCAAACCAAUCGUCGUAUGCAGAAAAAAAAAAUAAUAAUAAUAAGUAAUCGUGCACACUAUUGCGUAUUUCCGUGACGAAAUCCGUAUGCAUUUGUUGUUAUUUUGAUAUUAUUAUUAACUAAACUUAAGUACGUUUGUUGUUUUAAAUUUUAACUGUAGGAAUAUUAUUCUGUUUUGUUUUGUUAUUAUCAUUGUAACUCGGAAGCAAUAAUUUCCAUUCCAUAAUAAUAUUAUAUAAUACUAGGUUAAUGGCUAAGAAUUUCAUUCUUAUUGCACUAUACUUGCACUUUUGUCUUUCAAUUUUCGUUUUAAUUAAUAACUAAAAAAAAAAUCAUCUCUUCCAGAGGUAAAUGUAAAACAAUAAUCAUACCUAACAGUUGUUUUUAUAGCAUGCAUAGAUGCUGUAAUAUUAUAAAAGAUCUACUAUACUAAAAUAAUUAAUACGCUACUUUUUGCCAGUUUUCAUAGCCUAUUAAUAUAAUAUGAUUAUAAUUGUAUUCAUUUUUAACUUAUUAACGUUAUACAGUAGUCAUUAUUUUAGUGAAUAGUAUUAAAUGUUUAAAACAACCGUUACUCAUUAUAGUGUUAUUUUAAUUGAUUGUUUCCGAUAUUCUGAUAUUAGUGCAGUAGAUAUAAAUAGUUAUAUUAUGUUUAAACUUUAAACGUACAUAUAUUUUAAAAUUUUAAAUCUUAAGUGUUCUUUUAUUAUUAUAACUCGUUUCCGUAUAUACAAAUAAUAUAAUAACUAUAACUGAA